AUGGACGGCAUAUUACAAGAGAAAGCAUCAGAGUCAGGGUGCUUACAAGAAAACUUGCCUAAAGAGGAAGGAAUAACUAUGAAUGGUGGGGAGGAAAUUUCCCCACCUCCAAAAAACCCCGCCAACUGCUCCAUUGCGACCGAUUCAUUCGCAGAAUUAGUUACACAGAUGCGGAAAGAGAUAGAGCAAAGAAUUGAAAAUGAGCGCAAAAGUCGUGCCAUUCUCUUUGAUAAACUUCUUCAACCGAUCGUGGAAGAAUACAUGGAACAGAUGAGAAGGGAGUCAGUAUUAGAAGAAAAUAGCAAUCCAACUUUGUAG